UAUGCAGUUCACCAGCAGCCGUUUGUUACUAUCGAUGGCCCUGCUAUCGGCACUGCUAUCGCCAUCGCUGGGCUAUCCCGCUCCGCAGCAAACAAAUUCGGAACUGGAGGCGGGCUUCCAGGAUACCAGCGAUCCCGACUUGAAUCCCAUCAAUGCAGAGGAGGUGUUAGGUGUCCAGGAGCGCAACAAACGAAAACUGCCCGAUGCCACAUUCGAGGCUAAGAACGCAGUGCUCGGUUUUGUGUUUGGCAAAAUCGACAACUUCCUGGACACAAAGACGCGGGUGAUCGAGCAGCUGGACCGAUCGAACAUCGAGAAGAACAAGCAGUGGGACAUCAAGUCGCCGGUGCCCAUCAAGGAUUUCCAGACCCUGAUCACCGCCGUGGUGUCGCCCAAGAUCCGUUCGAUUGGCAACAUUGCCAAUGACCUGACCACCGGUGUGCUGACCACGAUCACCGCCUUCAGCGGCUCCUCGUCGGGCGGCGGCAAUGCGAACGCCGGACUGGGCAAUGUGGUGUCCAAGUUCCUCAGCUUCUCGGGACCCAUCCUGCAGGGAUCCACUGGCGGCGUGAAUGGCAUCGCCGGCGUGACGACACCUGCUCCCGAUUCCGAUGAGGCGGGCUACUAG